AUGGGCCUUUCGAGUCAACGCCCCAUUCUGCCUGCACCUACCGACUCGUUACUGGAAUCUGCAGACGACACUGGACUUGGUACCGACGUUGGGACAGAUUUAUCUCGAAGAACCGACAGGUCUGACAAAACCUCUGAAACCAUUCCUGACGACGGGAGCCCAAUCACCAUCACUACCGCCCACAAGCGCAAGAACGUAGGCAAGCUCACAAAGUCUGGUCAACAAUCCCAAACUUCACUUCUCAUUGAAUAUUUCGAAGGAAGUAAAGGAUCAGAUUCCGGACGAAGACGUCCAAGUCUACGUGUACGAUACACGCCCUCGCAUUCAAAAAAGAACAAGGAGAAAGCUGAAGGUCACAUACUUGUCACGGAAUCCAAGUCUGCGAAACGCCCUUCUCAGAGUCACCGCAUUGCUCUCGGAGGCAACGAAACCCUCGCACAGAACGUUAUUGAAGGCAGCAUUAGUUCAUUGGAUUCUGCUGACGGUCUCGGGCCUUCCGCCCCUGUCGAGAUCGAAGUCUUACAGAGCGAGGCCAGCGAUUUAUCCGGUCGGAGCCCUUCUCCAGAAGCAAGAUAUAUCAUCCCCGAAUCAGAUAUCUCUUCUAUGCCGCCGGAGAGCUCAUUAGGGCCAAGCCAACCAGUUAUCAUGCCGCCAUCUACUCAAAGCGGAAGUCUUACCAGAGGUAUAUCUACAGAAGAAGACACAUUGAAGCCUCCUGUUAUUGCCAAUGAUCGCAAUUUGAGCAACGAGAGAAUCACACAAAAGGUCAUAGAGAAAUUGAGCAACAAACCACGACGUUCCAGCAGUGGAAAGCGACACUCCAGCAGGCACAGUGUCAGUAGGGAAGUUGCAUCAGUACACCCCGAACCACGAAUCCGCGUCACCAAGAACGUAGAAGACAACUCCGUCCCCAGUGCCACUGGCUCUAGUCUUGUUAGUGGUUCUCACUUGUCCGCAGCCGAUCCGCGAGCCACAGAUCAACGUUCGGUGCGCUCAGGAGGUUCGAAUGUCUCGAUCACCAACAACCCGAAAUUAUUACAAACAGUUGAAGACGCAAUACGACGUCUGAUUCUCCCCGAACUGAGCGAAAUAAGAAGAGACCAACGACAUUCGCACCGUUCCCGAUAUGACAAACUGAGCAACCCUUCCGACACAUCUUCCAGUACUAUCUCACGGGAAGAGAGAACACAUCGCAAGUCGUCAGGGAGCAAAUCGAAGCGUCGAGUAAGCCGGGAAUCCGAUUCCGGUAUGCCUUCAGGCUCGUCUCGUCGCCACAGACGCCACAAAACAGAUUACGACUCGCCCUCCGAACAAAGUUACGACCAAUCCGAGUCGAUUGAGAGCGGUAGCAUUCGGGGUGAGGAAAAGAAGUCAAGGAAGCCCUCCAAACGGCAUCGUACCCGAGCAGGGGCACUUGGCGGCGCAGCUCUGACGGCUGCAGCACUGAAAUCGCAUGAGUCGGGCUCAAGUCUUGAGUAUUCAGAGCAUCGCAGAAGAAAGAGUAAGAGCCGUAGCAGUCAAAGUACGAGCGUUGCAGAGAAAGAGGAUGCAUUUCAGAAACACCAGAUACCCCCCAUGCCAUUCGUCAGUGAAAUCGGCACAGACCUUACCCGAAGCUCGCUUCAGUCCUCUAAUGAUGGAGGCGCUACGACACCGACCCAACGCGAGGUGCGUGAAGUGAUACGUGGAUCUCCUCUCGAACUUCCGUCGCCAACGACGCAAACACCAACACGAGGUUCUUUUGACUUAAAACGGGGCCUUGGGACACAUCACGGCAAUUUUUCUGAACACGACCUUUCGGCGCAUGAUCUAGCAUCAGCCAGGAAAGAAGUCCUCGAAGAGGGCGAUGCCAAUGAGCCACACGAGGAUGAAGAACUUGAUUUUGCUACUCAUGGAUUUGCGGCACUGACAGAUCCAGAACGAGCUCGGGCGUAUGAAAGAAAUCUUCACCAGCAACACCCUAUCAGGCGGGGCCUGAGUCCAAUUCAGAGUGUUGCCAGUUAUGCAACAACGGAGCCCAAUCGUAAUUCCUUGAUGCACCCACGGAGCUCGGAGUCCAUGGAUUCCCUGAAGAAACGACAACAGAUGGAUGACCAGAUCUCGAUUUCAUCCCUAUCAUCCGCACCAAGCACUGAUCUAGCUCGAUCGAGGCGACCGCAAGGAAUCAGUUUGGAAAACCGCAGUGAGAUCAUGGCGCAGCACGAAGAUUCUCUCGACAGUACACCACGCCAGAUGGACCCGCAAGCUGUUUUCGACGAGCAGCAUUUGGAGAACGAAAGCUAUCGUGACUCUCCAUACAUUGACAAAGUCACUGCUGGGCAACAGGUGGCUAGAGGACUAGGAGCCACUGCAGAGUAUAUUCAUUCACCCACCGGCGUCGAGUCCGCGGUUGCUUCACUUUGUGACCCAUCUGUCGUCGACGUUGACGUUGACAACACGACUUCACCGCGCCACAGCCAAACAGACUCCCUUGGUGCUCACGACGUGCAAAGCCCUCACUUAUCUCAACGUGAAUAUGAGUCGAGACACAGUGGCAGCCCACUCAAGCACCAGAUAUCAAAUCAUUCCCAACCCGAACGGGGUCUUGCAGGUGCUGGAGUGAUGCGCGCCGUGUCUCCACCGCAAAGUCCGGCUCGUUCAGCUGAGCAUUUCGAUGAAAGAUCUGCCAAGUCUAUUCACUCGGCGCAACUUCCUCCUGGUGAUCCGGCUAGUGGCCAGGUAGAGCGUUCUCCUGAUUCAGAGAUUACGACAAAUCCAUCCAUAAUUCGCGGGCCGAUUGGUGGACUAGCACACGGCAAUACAGACCAUUGGCCAUACGACCCAACACCACCGCGUUCGCGAGCCGAUCUUGUUCUUCCACCUGUGAGUCGUGAUAUAGGCUCUGCCAGCGCUGAUCUCAUCCCCGAAGCCUUAUCAAUCCAUCGUGACCACGAAUUGGACCCCAAACGAGAUUUGUACAUGAAGGCGCAACCCUUGGCAACACCACCGGGAGGCAAAGAUGAAGGUUAUGAAACAGGUGCUAAUGCACGAUCUCCCGGGUUGUACUCUCAAGGCCCGGGGGUGCCAAAUGAUGGCUUCACUCCAGAGAUACCACUUAACGACCCCACACUUGCCGAAGAUCCUUUCAUGACUCAGCGAGACCAAUAUGUCAGUGGGCUUUCACAUGGCAUGUCACCCAUGUAUGAUAGUGCUACUGGCCGAGGCCGCGAUCACAUACAAUCAAAAGAUAUUGUGGCACUCAUGGACCAUCUUACUGUUCGUGACGCACAGCGAAAUGCGAGAGAUACUGAAAUAUUGGUGACGCUGGUUCGCAGUGCUGCAGAGAUGCGCAAUUCAUUUGAGGAUAUGAAGAAGUUCAUCGCGGAGCAAGAUGAGAUUAUCAUGGACACUGCAGACAAACAGCAUGAGAGAACACAGAAAAUUGUGGGAGGACCCAGACCGCAGCCCAUAGCCCCGGCUCGUCCUACACGGUCAGCCACUUCUGAGGAAGACUUACCUUCAAAGCGUCGCAAUGUCUUCCAACGAGCGCUUCGAGGACUUGGAGCUAAGAAUUCGCAAGAACUGCAGAACAUUGAAGCGAUGCUGAUGCGACUUCUCGAUGAAGUGGAAAGUCUACGGGCCAUACAGUCUACAACUGUCAACAAGGAACAACCAAGAUCAACCAGCUUAACUUCCGCUGACAAUGCCCGUGCUCCAACAGACGCUGGCUAUGAGCCAGAAGGCCAAGCCGGAACCUCAUCGACGGGUGAUCGGUCUGGAUUCUUCUCAAAUAAUUCUUCCCGUCAGGCAGAUUAUCGGAACUACGGUCUACACCGGGAUUCCGGCAAUCGGGUCAGCACGGUGAUGGAAGGCGACGAAGAAUACGAUGGCUAUGACAAUCAUCUGGGAGGGCCCACUGCUGGAAACAUUCAAGCGGGGGUUCAUCCGCCGCUAGCCACGCCGCCGAGGAACGAUGGGAGCCGAGACCUGGGACGUAGCUCUGUACCAUUGAAUACUCCUCCUCGAAUGCAUGAUCAGAACACGGGAUCGCCUAGCAACGAAAAUACUCCUCAUCUUUCGGCGGGUGAUGGGUCUGGGCGGAAGCACAAAUCUUUUGCAUCAUCUUUUAUUCCCAAGAUGGUGUCCCGAUGGUCUAAGACUACAGCGUCUUCCGCCGACAAUUUCCGAACAAGUGGACAACGGACCCGACCCUAUUCGGAGAUGUCUCGUUCGGGAUCCAAUCUUGGGGACUAUGAUUUUGAGCAUGACCCGCAAGGCGACGACCGCAUUCGCUCACAUACGUCCUUCCAACAAGACGAAUAUGGCGAUGAAGAGAACCGACCACCUUCGCCCUUAAUUCCAAGUCAAGUAUCUGAUAAUCCCAAAUAUCAGGCUCACCGAAACAGCAUCAAUCUCCAACAUCCUCAACCUCGACAAGGACCCAGUGGCCGGUACCAAUCUCGACUGGAAUCCGAAGCACAGAACUACAAUGAUCAGAUUUCUCCAACUUCACAAUCCUCGUCGCAAUGGGAAACGCAUUCGGGUCUGCAAAAUACCAACCCUGUCAUGAACCCGUACGGAGGACAUCUCAGCCCGAUCUCCGAUGCGGCAUACUCUGCAGAACAAGGUAUGCAUCAUGACAAUAGGAGUGUUCGAUCUGGACACUCCCAGGGACCACCCCGCCCACCCAAGAUAUUAAAUGAUGAGCCCUUGGUGCCACAGCGUCCACCUAAGGUCCUGAUGAGUCCUCCCCCAUCGAACAGACAGCAGACCUAUGUUGAUCAGGUGGCUGCGGCCAGGGCUGGGAGUCCAGCUGUCGACAGGUCUCCAGUGGCAGCUUUAAGAUCACCGCCAAGUCAGACGCGAAAACCCUCUGGACCCAGACCUCUUACAGGAUCAGGUGGAUCCAAGGGUGAUUUGAAUGCAAUCAGGAGAACCCGGUUCAGAGGCAGUCCCAAUCAGAUCGACAGCGGUGAUGAUGUUACUGCGGCGUAUUAA